ACACUCUUAUUUUACAUGUGUGUUAUAUAUAUGAUUUGUGCCUUGACUUUUUAUAUUACUUUACAAUAAGGUAGCAUCGUGCAAAAAAAGCACAUUAACAGUGAGUCCCCUUAAAAAUCCGCGCACGGAGCGUUUAAAGUGGUUUCCCACAAUGCACCGCUCCCUGAGCCAGUAUGGCCGAACCGGGUAAACGUGAUUCUUAACUUCUACUUUUCUUUUUCCACGUUGUGCCUCGUUGCUUUGGUACACUUGAGUCGGUAAGGCACGAAACGUCUCCGACGAUGAUGUUUUUCUCAGUCUGGCGUUUUCUGUUCACCAUUGUAGGCGCUUUCGGCACCGAAGUGGAGGAUGUCUCUGAGGACCAGUGGGACUACUCUGGGUACUUGAUGUCAGUAUGGAGAAACAGACUGUACAUGUACUCGGCCGCAGCCGUGUUCCUUGGGGUCUGGUUCACGUUAAAGAUGGCGAAGAAAAAACCCGCAUCUGGCCAUCGUGCAGAUGCUGGAAUCAGCAAAACAGCAAAAGAGGGAGAAUAUUCCGCUGAAAAGGAGAGAAAGGUUCAUGUGUCGGGGGUGAGGAUUUUCUAUGGAUCGCAGACUGGAACCGCGAAGGGAUUUGCCGUAGAUCUGGCCAAGGAAGUCCAGGGCCUGGGCCUCAUGGCGGAGGUGAUUGACAUGAAGGAGUACGACCCAGAGGACAGCCUGUCUGAGGAGUGUACCAGUAAAUCCAUCUGCGUGUUCCUACUGGCCACCUACACGGAUGGGAAGCCCACAGAGAACGCGGAGUGGUUCUGCAAGUGGCUGGAGGAGGCAUCCAUGGAUUUCCGCUAUGGAAAGACCUACCUGAAGGGCAUGCGCUUUGCUGUCUUUGGACUGGGGAAUUCCGUGUACAAUGGACACUACAACACGGUGGGUAAGCACGUGGACCGGUGGCUGUGGAUGCUGAGUGCCACGCGGGUGCUGUCACGUGGGGAGGGCGACUGCAACGUGGUGGGGAGCCGGCACGGCAGUCUGCAGGCCGACUUCCUCAACUGGCGGAGCCGCUUCCUGAAGAGGCUGCAGGCCCUGGCCAGGGGCGAGAAGAAGGCCUGCGGGGGCAAGUGCAAGAAGGGCACCUGCAAGAAGCACAAAGGGGCGCAAGAGCAGCCGGAGCCAGGCAGUGAGGGGGUGGAGCACCAGAGCUCCGAGGAGUCCAGCAGCGACGCGGAAUCAGCCACGGAUGAGGGGACGACCAGCCGCGCGGUGGUGGAUGUGGAGGACCUGGGGGUGGUGAUGAGCCGCUUGAAGAAAGUAAAGGAUGAGACAGACAGCGGCCGGCAGCUGCUGAUGAGGAGGAAGAGCGAGGAGGAGGAGGCCAGAGAGAUGAUCACUCCGGCGCUGAGGGAGGCUCUGACGAAGCAAGGGUACCGGCUGAUCGGGAGCCACUCAGGGGUGAAGCUGUGUCGCUGGACCAAGUCGAUGCUGCGAGGAAGAGGGGGCUGUUACAAACACACCUUCUACGGUAUCGAGUCGCACCGCUGCAUGGAGGCCACCCCCAGUCUCGCCUGCGCCAACAAAUGCGUCUUCUGCUGGAGGCAUCAUACUAACCCUGUAGGCACCGAGUGGCGCUGGAAGAUGGAUCCGCCUGAGAUGAUCCUGCAGGAGGCCAUUGAGAACCACCAGAACCUCAUAAAGCAGUUCAGAGGGGUUCCCGGUGUGCGCCCGGAGCGCUUCGAGGAAGGCCUGGCGGUGCAGCACUGUGCCCUGUCCCUGGUGGGUGAGCCCAUUAUGUACCCGGAAGUGAACGCUUUCAUACGGCUGCUGCACCAACAGCGCAUCUCCAGCUUCCUGGUCACCAACGCGCAGUUCCCUGAGGAAAUCAGGAACCUGGUGCCUGUGACUCAGCUGUACGUCAGCGUGGACGCCAGUACCAAAGACAGCCUGAAGCGUAUCGACCGGCCUCUCUUCAAGGACUUUUGGCAGCGUUUCCUGGACAGCCUGAGAGCACUAGGCGAAAAGCAACAGCGUACCGUAUACCGCCUGACCCUGGUCAAAGCCUGGAACGUGGAUGAGCUCAAGGCCUACGCAGAACUCGUCUCCCUGGGCCAGCCAGACUUUGUGGAGGUGAAGGGGGUGACGUACUGCGGGGAGAGCUCCGCCAGCAGCCUGACCAUGGCCAACGUGCCCUGGCAUGAGGAGGUCCUGCACUUCGUCAGGCAGUUGGCUGACCAGUUGCCUGAUUAUGACAUCGCCUCUGAACACGAGCACUCAAACUGCAUCCUUAUUGCCCAUCGCAAGUUCAAGGUGGCCGGCGAGUGGCACACAUGGAUUGACUACGACCGCUUCCAAGAACUUGUGCGUCUUCAUGACAACAGCCAGACAAGUUUCUCGGCCGAGGACUACAUGGCCAGGACCCCCGACUGGGCCGUCUUCGGAGCCUGUGAGAGGGGAUUCGACCCAGCGGACACCCGCUUUCAGCGAAAGAACAAGACCAAAGAUGUGUCUGGGUGCUGACGUCGGUUUAGUGACUGAUUUGCGCCCCUUUCAGUUCAAGAUGAGUUUUCCUGGGAGUGGGGGCCAUAGGUGUGUGCUUUCUGUUUUUAAUCCUGUGCUCUCCUGCCUAGGCAGAGAUCUCCACUCUGCUUUUACAGCUCUCUGGUAGAACAUCUAGUCGGACAUCAUCAUUUUCCACUUAGAUGUCGCUGUCACACGUCCGCCAUCCCGUCUCUGCCUGCGUGCAGAAGCUUUCCUGCUGGAUUACCCUGCUGGGUGGGGGCUUGGUGAUCUGAGGGGAAUUGCUAAAUGCCUGUGCAAUCUUUACUCCCAAAACGGACUUGGUUUGUUGACUGUUGUAUGCCUUCAAAUCCCCCCCCCCCACAGACCGUUCUCAGUGAAGAAUCUCGACACCUCUUGCGAGAACACACUGAACUCAAAGGUCAGCAGAAGCGGCACUGGGUGUUUUUAGUCGUUUCCUUGUAACUGCAGCUGUUCAAACCAAGAGUGCAGGAUGUUUUAAGUGAAAUAAAGUGCUGAUAGUA